AUGCCCUCUCCACCCUCUCCACUCACUACUACGGCAAGUGCUGAGUCUAUGGUUUUCCACAUUGUUACUAUAGAUUCCCUACCCACUCCACCCCCCAAGGUCAUCCGUUUAUUUAAUCUUCGCGACACCCGAUUCACUGAGGAGUGGAACCCUCUGUUAUUCAAGAUGCCUACCACUGAGCAAGUAAGAGAUAUUUUUGCCCCUUUGGGAGAAGGAAAAGGCCCCCUUUUCUUCGAGCAUAUCGCCGACGAUGUGGAUUGGCAGGUAAAAGGGACUUUUUGCCCUAUUUCUGGGCAUUACCAUUCCAAGGCCGCCUUCCACGAAGGGACCAAGCCUCUCAGCUCAACCUGGGCGACUCCAUUGAAGUUGGAAGUUCAAAACAUCAUCUGCGACGGUCAUCAGGCUGCGGUCGAGCUUAAGGCUGUAGACACCAAGUGCAAGAAUGGUCUGCCGUUCACCAAUGAGUAUACGUGGGUAUGCGAGUUCAACGAACAGAAUAAAAUCGUCAAGAUGCGUGCCUACAUGGAUACUGAUCUGGUCGUCAGAGCCAUUCGGGAGAAUCAGUGA